ACAUUUCAAACUGAUUUUCAUAAUUAAAAAUUCAAGAAUUCAUAUUCACCUUUCAGAUUUCACUUCCAAAAUAUUCGAUCUAUUUAAAAAUACAACCUAUAAUAUUCAACAGGCAAGUUUCAGUCCAUUUUAUUUCGCUUUACAAAUUCGCUUCCACAAAUUCAGUGGUUCAAAUUCGACAGUAAAUUCACCGUUUCACAUCCGGGAACAACAGGAAAAUCAGUAGAUUACCGAUCACAAUCUCAUCUGCUGUAAAUCGUCUUCACCGGCAGGGGGUGCAAGCGCUACUUUGUCUUAACAAGCAUCAACGAAACCGUCACGAGGGGCCUUCAUAAAACAUCAUUUGACGAAAUGGACCGAGCGCAUUUGCUUUUGGAUUAUGUUUUGGAAAGACUCCGUUCACGCUUGGAAAAUGCUGUUGGACGCCAACCCCUUGACAUGGACUACCUGGAGUUCAUCUGCUCUCAAGAAUUAGUCUUUUUAAGUGCUGUGACCAAUUUAGUUACCAUCCCAGCUGAUAUUUUGGAGGGCAUCACAGAACUGUCAGACUAGUUCGACUAAACCCGUCAGACGGGGAGACGCGCACUUCGACUAUUCUGCAGGAGUCAGGGUCGAUGGGACGACCACGUCUUCUAAUCUCACCAGACUACAUCACCAAUCUCCUGGACAUGAACUUUUCCCAAACAUUGCUCGCAUGCUUGGACUACAAUAUAGUCAUCUUCGGGGUGUGGAUGGCUUUUCACGCAAGAUAAUGUAUCUUGGAGCUUCAUCUAAUAACCUUGCUAAAACCACCUUGGAUUUUUUUCAAGAAGCAGCGGAGACAUUUGGCUUCCCUCUCAGGGUACGAGGAGAUCAGGGUGUCGAAAAUGUGGACGUGGCUCGCCUGAUGUUCACAGUUCGUGAGACAGAAAGAGGAAGCUUUAUUUCAGGAAAGAGCGUCCACAAUCAGCGUGUAGAGAGGUUGUGGAGAGACGUCUGGUCAUCAGUGACAAAUGUCUACUACGAUGUUCUGCAUGCUUUGGAAGAAGGUGGCCACCUUAAUAUUUCUGACCUUACUCAUCUGUUCUGUUGCCACUGUGUAUUUCUCCCACGGCUUCAAGAUGAUCUCAACCUAUUCCGAAACACCUGGGACAAUCACCCAAUACGCACAGAGGGUAAUAUGUCUCCUAACCAGCUGUGGGUGAUGGGAAGUGUCCGCAAUGCUGUACCUGAGCCUGACAUAGAGCUAUGUUUGUGGAUUUUGACAGGAUUCAGCACACCACAGAUAGACUGGGAGAGUAGUGGACUGAUGUUGAUGCACAUUCCAGCAUUGUUGUGCCUCAAACCCAAUGUCCCCUGACUGAUGAGCAAAUAGAAGCACUCAGAGAAAAUGUUGACCCCAAAGGACCUUCACAGACUUUUGGCUGGGACAUCUAUCUAGCUGCACUUCAUUUUUGCCAAUCGAUUAUGGAAUAAAUGUGAUUGUCAUCUUUAGCCUUAAAGAGGCAGACUUCUAGCAGAAGCAAUUAAGAAAGAAUUAAUAUUUGUACUCAAUACGUUAAAGUAUCUGAAUAAAAAAAACCUGUAUGUAA